AAGGUUUCUAAAUUUAACAUAACUAUUGUCUUUCUGCUUUAAGUGCUAAUGAUUAAUAUAUUGUAUAUUCGGAAUGGAUUUAAAAUAAUAUUACAAUUAUAGAAAUAAAAAAUACACAAAAAAAAUAUUAUAUAAAUUCGUUUGGAAAUUCUAAAAUUGUAAAAAGCCUUCUUUUUCAUGAAGAAAAUAAACUUUUUGCAGGAUUUUCAGAUGGAACUUUAAUACUUUUUUAUUUUGAAAUCGAGAAUAAUAAUUUAAUCAUUAAACAAUAAAAAAUUAUGAUUAUAGGUUACAAACCAGUAAAACUUAAAUUUUUAACAUCUAAUAAUACAUAAUAAAUUGCCUGUAUAUCAAACGAAGUAUCAGUUUUAAACCUAAAGAAAAUCGUAGGAUCAUACGAAAGAUACGAAAAGACAUAUUUUAAUAUCUAAAACAUUAACCACAUAGAUUAAUUUGAUAUUGCUGGUGUCGAAUAUCUAAUUUGGUUUAGUAAAAAUUACUUAGGUAUAGGAUGUGUAGAAUUGAACUAAAAAUAUCACAUAACGAAUUUCGGAAACAAUAAAUUAUAAUAAAACGACUAAUAAUCCUAAACUGAACUUGUUGAUAUUUGUCAAAACUAUUGUGUAUCAGUAAGUAUAAUCGAAAAAGAAGAAUAAGAAGAAUAAUAAAUUAUAUCUUCAAUAUUUUUACAUUCAAUAAAAAACCAUGAUUUAUUAGAUUUUAAAACCAUUGAAAACGUAUGUAUAAACACACUUCUAUUAUUAAAUUCUUUAGUUUUUAUUGGAGGAGAAAAUCUUAAAAACUAAAAUAACAAAGAAGGUUUUUUAAGUGUUUAUAAAAUAGAUAAUGAAGGAAAAUUCAUUUACCUUUAAACUUUCUAAUUUUCAGUACCAAUACAUCAUAUAGCUUAAUUUGGUUAAAAUGAAAUAUGUGUAAUUAUAGGAAACGAGAGUUUUAAAAUAUAUCAAAUUAACACAGAAAGAAACGAAAAUAAUUUCAAUUAAAAAAUAAUUACUGAAAUUAUUUCUUAAUCAUCUAAUCCAAUUAUUGCCCUAGGAUUAGAUUCUAAUGAAAAAAAUUAAGUCGUAAUAGCUGAUUCUACGAGAGGGGUUUACCUUUUCGAAUGUUCUAAAAAAGAAAAAAAAGCGAUUGCUGUUUGUUCUUCUCCUUUUCCUGUUUUUUGCACUAAUACUAAAUUUCUUGGUAAUGACAAUAUCUUCUUUUCUGAUAGUAAUGGUAAUAUUUUUAUUGUUAGAUAUAAUGAAUUUGCUGAAAAUGAUUUAGAAAAAAUUAAACUUGCAGUCCUUGCCUAUAUUAAUAUUGGAGAUACUAUUACUACUUCGAUUAAAAGAAAAGUUAAUACCAAAUAAAUAAAUGAUAAAUAUAUUACUAAGGAUUCACUUAAUUAAAUUAUUUUUGGUACUAAAAAAGGAGUCGUAGGUAUAAUUAUGUCUUUAAAUGAAUAGACUUUUAAUGUCUUAUAUGAUUUAUAAGAAUCUAUCCUAUUAAAACUUAAAUGUCCUCUUAAUUUUAGUUAUUUUAAAUGGAAAUAAGUUAAAGUAAGAUAUUAUUUUUUUUAUUUUUUUUUUAAUAUUUUUAUUUUUUUAGAAUGUUCCUAUAUCUAAAUAAGAAAAAAGCACUUUUAUCGAUGGCGAUAUUAUAUUUAAAUUGCAAAAAAUGAAUCAUAUUUAAGUAAAUGAUAUU